UUUUUCGCAAACAAACCAGACGCGAUCGUUUUCUCCUCAUAAAAAUAAAUAAUUGAUUAGUGAUAAAAAAGUUUGUUAAGCAUGAAAUCUUUCCUAGGCAUUGAUCUCAAAACAGGCGGAUAUGUGAUAUUGACGAUAUACUUAAUUGAAAAUAUAUUAAUAUUCUUAAUAACUGCGAUACGAUCAAAUAUGAAACAUGAGCACAGUAACGACGAGUAUAUAGUACUUCCAACUGACAUAAAAAUCGAAGUUCAUACAGCUUUCCUACACUUCCUUGUCGUUUUCUCGACUGCUGCAAUCAUGUUAUCAACAUGUGGAUUAAUUAUUAAGCGAACAAAGUUCAUCAUGUGGUUCUACUUUUUCCAUCAAGGCAUUGGAAUUGAGAUUUUAAUUAUUUUGUUGCCGGUGAUAGCGGCAAAGUCUGUCAACACAAUGUGCAUUCUCUCGGCAAUACCGCUGAUUAUUUUUAUUAUUAUCAAGUGCUACUGUUGGGUUGCAAUGGUCUCAUUAUAUAAAUUAGAGAGGAUAGAGGAAAGACGUGUGCAAUUUGGGAAGCAAUGGAUUAUUAAUUCCUUAAUGACCAUGCAGCCAGGCGUUAGACUGACAAUUCCGGAUCAAGAUAAUGUUAAUGUGCCAUAUGAGCGACUAUAGCUUUAAAUUAUACAGUGAUAAAUGUUGUUGCUAUAUAUAUAUUUAUGUAUUUCCCAUAUUGUGAUGAAUCAGCAUUUAAGAAAUAAAUGAAAAAAACCUUAAUUUUAUUAGUACUGAGUCAG